AUGUCUCGCCGUAUAUUUUCGCUAGCUGCGCUCGCGGUCUCACUAGCCCUUAGCGCUGCAAACGAGCCAGAUGGAACACAAUCAAAUGUUAGCAAAAAAGUGGAACCACGCAUUAUUAACGGUCAGGUGGUAACCAUCGAGCAAUAUCCCUAUCUAGUCGCAGUGCAAAUUUGGGGAAGCUUUCAGUGUGGCGGCAGUAUUAUAAGCCGCAGUGUCGUGCUGACCGCAGCRCAUUGCCUGGAACGCGAAAAACAGCCACGCAAAUAUAGCAUAAUAUAUGGUAAAACUGAUAUACAGGGUGCAACGAGUAAUGUUAUACAAGUGGAAAGCCUUUUGCUGCAUCCAAAUUAUGAAAAUAUUAAUUCUGAUUACGAUGUUGGUUUACUAUUUCUCGUCGAAAGCAUACCGAUCGGCCASAGUGCGCAAUGCAUCAAGUUGGCUGUGAAUAGGCCGAGACUCGGUAGUCGGGCCAGUAUUGUAGGUUGGGGCGAAACGCAGGCGGUCGAAAGUGGUCRUUUGCAUGCUGUCUACGUGUAUACUAUAACGCGCCUGCGUUGCAGGAUGUUGUACAUAAACAAGUGGAGAAUAACACCACGUAUGCUGUGCGCUGGCGUGCCACAGGGUGGUAAGGACGCCUGCCAGGGCGACUCCGGUGGGCCGUUGGUGGUCGGCGACGAACAAGUGGGUAUAUGCUCUAAUGGUUUUGGAUGUGGUCUUAGAAAGUAYCCUGGUGUCUAUAGUAAYAUUGCCGUUUUGCGUAGCUGGAUUCAAAGCCAUGUGAAUACAAGUUGCAGCGAUACGAAGGCAGUUUCGGCGUCCAAAGGGCGAACGAUACUUACACUAUUUGGAAGCAAGAACAGKAGAGACAGCUGA